AGUUCUAUAAAUAGGGCCACUGAAAUAAAUGCUGAGCAGUAGAAUGUUUAAUGAAUCACAUUUUCCAUCAGAUUUGUGGAAUGUAGGGAUCCAGCCAUCGUUAUGGUCCCAGCAGACCUACCACCAGACACCUUCAAACUGAGGUUGCAGAAGACAUCAGUGGUUCGUGUGCCAAAGGCUUCGUUUUCAUCACUCGAGCAACUUCGGUACCUAUGGCUCACCUACAACUCCAUCACAACCCUUCACCCACGCAGUUUCGCCAAUCUCUCCGCCCUCCAUGAGCUGCGAUUGGAUGGGAACCUCCUGUCAGUCUUCCCCUGGGAUGCACUCAAAGACAUGCCCCGUCUACGCACACUGGGGCUUCACAACAAUCGUUUGACAAGGAUCCCUGUCCAUGCAGCACGUUUCCUUGGUAACAUCACCUAUUUGGAUCUGUCGAGUAAUAGACUGACCACCUUGUCCAAUGAAGUGAUUGCUGCCCUGCCUUUCUAUCCACCCUUCAACCCAGCUCAACCCCAAAGCCGAGUGGUGCUGGGUCUGCAGGACAACCUGUGGAUGUGUGACUGUCGUCUUGCUCUACUUUUGGAGCUCAGUAGAGCAACAGAAUCAUAUCUGGUUCUGCUCGACCGAUACCUGGUGUGUAGCGGUCCAAAGGAGUUUUCUGGUGUUCCCUUCCAGAGUGUGGAACUGCCUCGCUGCCUCAAACCCUCUGUUCUGACCUCCACCACCAAGAUCAUAUCUCCAUUAGGAGGUAACGUGAUGGUGCGGUGUGAAGCAACAGGCUUUCCCACACCGGUUCUUAUCUGGAUCAAAGCAGCAGGCCCCAACAUCAGCAACACAGCAUGCUGUAGCGAUAUAAACACAACUGCAAUGAGAGAAAAAUUGCCAAGGCGAUUGCCCAGCUUUUUCCAGAACUCCCCACAGGUGGGGAUCCGGUGGUCUGUGAUAAGCCUGAGUGGGAUCUCGUACAGGGAUGCCGGUGAAUACCGUUGCCGGGCACACAACAUGGCCGGCUCAUCAGAGGCAUCCAUCAGCCUGGAUGUGGUCGGAGUCAUUACCAAAACAUCAGCUCUCAGGAUGCCUGCCCAGAAACUCAGUAAUGAAUCUCCCCCUACCCUACAAAGAGGCCCCUCGGCUUUGGACUCUGUGCCCAAGCGGUACAUGAACUCCCCCAAAACCAGCCGGAAUACAAUGAAAAGGGAUCAAAUGAAAAGGAAUAAGAUGAAAAGGGAUCAAAUAAAGAGGGAUAAGAUGAAAAGGGACAAGAUGAGUGCCUGGCUAAUCAAGUGACCUCUCUCCAUUUAGUACCAGUCUGACGGAAGUUCCAUCUUGUAUAUUGUAGACAUCCUAGGAGAGGAUAAUGUUCAACAACAUUUGGAAGUGUACCAGAAAAACAAUAAUUACCACAACAUUCAUCAGCACCUCCUACAGUUUCCUAUUUAUUUCCUUCUUCUCCCAAAGACCCCUUCCCGGGUAUUUGGAUGUUGUGAGUAAACCCAUAUUUGUUCCAUUUGCCUCAUCCUAAAAACAGUAUUCCUUAUUCCCAUCAUCACCCAGUAAGAUGUCUCGCAGUUAGAUCAGAAUUUCACUGGGCAUGAUGAGUUGUCUUUUCCACUCUUGCCAAACCAGUUCUUAACCUGUGCCUUAAAGUAAAUUGCCUCUCUACAGACCCCUGUAAUCCAGUCCUGCUGAGACUCUGACCUAUGCCACUGGAUCUGCCCACUGACUAUACUGUAAAAAAUACAAUCGGUCAUGCCAUGGAUUCCUUUCAUGAUCUAGCAUGUUCAUGCGUGGACACAUUCAUCCUGUAUCAUCUACAGUUCUGUAUAUUUAGUAAUAAAUUACCAUGUGCUAUUGUUAUGCAAAAUGUUUUACACGUCUUUACUGAAUGUCAUAACCAGACCAAUCAAGGGUGAAAGAGAAGCACUGAAAUUGUGAGUAUGUGAUACUGUGAUUUAUACUGUGUUAAUGCUUUAUGAAGAGAGGACGAUUCAGUGCAAAAAUGCAACUUUGAAUUUGUUUGUCAUAGUGUUUGUUAUUGUG